GUGUGGAGAAAUGUAGGAAGUAACGAUAACUUUCCGCCAAAGACGACGAGAAGACRGCAAUCCUGAAUUUUUCACAAGGAAAAGGACAUUUGCAGAAGGAAUUACGACCAUAAAUGUAGACUAAAACCUCCUUUUUCUGAUUAUUGGGAACUCUUUAUUCGCUUUUCGGUUCGUAUUUCGGCCUGUUUUUUUUUCUUUUCUUUUCUUUCAUUUCAAGUGAUGUUUUUCCCCUGAAGUUGUGUGACAGGAGUUAGUCAACGUCACACAGAAGUGCAGGUAUCUUUGUUUUUCUCCCCUGCCAGUGUGUUUUCCAGCUUUCAAAGAUGGAAUGAGACACUUUCCUURAAGCGCCUGGUGGGCUGUGAGUUAUGCAGAAGCCCGUCUCUGGGUCAGGAUGAGCACUACAGAUGGAGCUGGGACCCCUGAGCACAACAAAGACACCCGUGUGGUGCAGAUCUACCCCAGGCUGCCUCUGGAGACAGAAACCUACUGUCCCCUGCAGGUCAGCAUCGAGGACACGGUGAAGACUGUGAUCCAGAACGUUGUGGUCACGCUGGACCUGGACUCCAGCCAGAGCUACAGCCUCCUGGAGGUGAAGGAGAGCGGCGGCGAGGAGACGCCGUUGCACGAUGGCGACAGCCCUUUGGAGCGAGUCCUGUGUUGGCCACCGGAGACACAGAAGCGGCACCUUCAGAGUSAGGGCUACUACUUCGUCCUGCAGCAGAGCAACAACAGAGCGAAGCAAGUCGUAACRUCUAAGGAGGAGUCCGACGACCUCUGCAGCCUCCCGUCUGUGACCCAGGAGGCGGUGCUGCAGGUCUUACGCCAGCGCUUCUACAAGCACAAAAUCUACACCUACAUCAGUAACAUCCUGGUCGCCGUCAAUCCCAACAAGUUUUUACCCCUUUAUUACAACCCAAAGUACGUGAAGCUGUACGAGAACCAGCCGCUGGGCAAACUGAGCCCGCACAUAUUCGCCAUCGCCGACGUGGCGUUCAGAACCAUGYUGAGCCAGCAGGCGAACCAGUGCAUUCUGAUCUCUGGAGAGAGCGGAUCGGGGAAGACUGAGAGCAGCAGCUACCUCAUCCACUGCCUGACCACACUCAACCAGGGGAAGUUCUCCGGCGGACUGGAGCGAGCCAUUCUGGGGGCCGGCCCGGUUCUGGAGGCAUUUGGCAAUGCACAGACAGCAGAAAAUAACAACUCCAGCCGCUUUUCAAAAUUCAUCCAGCUCAUCUACCUGGAAAGUGGCGUCAUCAGAGGGGCAUUUAUUGAGAAGUUUCUGCUGGAAAAGAACCGCCUGGUGUCUAGAGCUAAAAAUGAAAGGAACUUCCAUGUUUUCUACUGUUUGCUGAUGGGCGCGUCUAAAGACGAGCAGGAAGAAUUUCAUCUACUGAAGCCGCAGGAUUAUGUUUAUCUCAACCAGGGGGAAUUUAAUUUAAACGAGGAGGACGAUGCAAAACAGGAGUACAAAAGACUUCAACAAGCUAUGGAGAUGGUUGGCUUUUUGACCGCCACUAAAAAUCGCAUUUUAUCUGUGGUCUCUGCCAUCCUGCUCUUGGGAAAUGUGACGUUCAGUCAGUCAAAGGAUACUGACGUCCUGGAGGCCGGACCUGCAGAGGUUUUAUCUUCACUGUCACACCUGCUUAUGGUGAAAAAGGAGCAGCUGGUGACGACUUUAACCAAGAAGAAGGUAGUGACUGCAGCCUCCACUCUGGUUUCAUUCUACACACUACAAGAGGCCGUGUCAGCUCGUGACUCCAUGGCGAAGAGUUUAUACAGCGCCCUGUUUGACUGGAUCAUCCUUCACAUUAACCACGCAAUGCUCAACAGACGGGACCUGGAGGAGUCCGUCUCUUGCUUGUCCAUUGGUGUCCUGGACAUGUUUGGGUUUGAGAACCUCCAGAGAAACAGUUUUGAGCAGCUGUGCAUCAAUUACGCCAAUGAGAAGCAGCAGUUUUACAUCAACCAGAACAUCUUUAAGUUUGAGCAGGAGGUCUAUGUGUCAGAAGGCAUAACCUGGAAAAACAUCAACUUUAUUGACAACAGUGACUGCAUCCAGCUGAUCAGUGACACAUCAGUAGGACUCCUCCACUUAUUGAACAAGGAGAGCAAGUUCCCUCGGGCCCCUGAUGAAACCCUGCUGGAGAAGUUUAAACAGCACCAUCAGAACAACCCUCGCUUUGGAUUCUCUCCCUUCAAGCAGGACACUUUUACCGUUGAACACUAUGCCGGGAAAGUUAAAUAUCUCCUAAAGGAUUUCAAAAAGAAAAACACAGAGUUUAUGCGUCCUGAAGUCGUGUCUCUUCUGCGAAGCAGCAAGCGCUCCUUCCUGCAUCACUUGGUUGCAUCCAACCCUGAAGCUCUGUUCAGAUGGAGCAUCCUCCGAGCGACCAUUCGCAUCGUCUCAGUCUUAAAAAAACUCCUAAAGCAGCGGACUGAACGGACUACUGCAAAACAAACCCCACGCACGCCAGUCUCAGCCUUAAAAAGGCGCAGCAGUUAUCUGGACAGACUGACUGGCAAUACUCUGGAUUUCUCCUUUGAUUGCUCUGAUGAACAAUCACUCGAUAUGUUUGAGGACAUCUUUGUCAAUUAUGAAGAGAAAAAGAAAAAUAGAGGUAGUCGACAAAAGCAGAUCAUUCCAAAGAACCUCAUGAAUUUGAGUUCACUCCAUCACAUCGUUGGCCUGAUGAAGCAUGACAGAACGAGCAAAUCUGUCUUCCACCCUAUCCGCCGAGCAGAUCCACCCACAGUUGGCGCUCAGUUUCAGACCUCAUUGGGAAAACUGAUUGAGACGAUUGAGAAAGCGGAGCCUUUCUUCAUUUUCUGUCUUCGCUCUAAUGCUGAUAAGAAACAGCUGCACUUUGAUGAUGAAGUGGUGCUAAAUCAAAUCAAGUACACUGGCAUACUGCAGAUGAUUCACAUGCAGAAGUCAAGCUACAAAGCUAAAUACACAUUUAAGGAAUUUGUUGAGAAGUUCGGGAUUUUGCUUCCAAAAGGAACGACUGGAUCCCCACAGGAGAUAACUGAACUGUUUGAGAAGAUGGGAUUGGAAAAGAGCACCUACCAAAUAGGAAAAACUAAAGUCUUUCUGAAAGAAAAGGAGCGUCAGCUACUCCAGAGCACUCUGAACAAAGAAGUGAUGCAACGGAUCGUCACCCUGCAGCGCUGGUUCCGCUCCUCUCUYAUAAGGCUGCACUUUCUGCAAAAGAAGGAUGCCACCAUGAUCAUCCAGAGGAGCUGGCGGGAGUUUUUUGAGAAGCAAAACCGAGCUGCGACAGUAAUCCAGACGGCGUGGCGUAUUUCUCAGUCACUAGACCUCAAGGACCAUGAAAAUUGUUCCAGUUCUCUGCCUGGAGCCAGAGAUUCGUGGAUGUUUUCUCUCUCCUCUUCUGUGUUAUUCAUAACAUGUUUGUUGGUUUGUAAUAGACCUCUCUGUGUUCAGGACGCUAAGUUUUGUCAUGAAGRCAAACUCCUAAAUGGAGGUUUAAAGYGUGUAGCGUCAUCCCAGUUUGAGCCUUGUCCCUUUCUCUGGCCCUGUCAGGGAAGGGUUCGUCUCCRCAAGCCGAAAAAACACAAGCGGCGCUUAGCCUACGCCCGCAGCGGUUUGGUGCAUAACUUUGGGGGCUCCAAGGAGAAUGAGUACUGGAACUUUCCACUGCCUCCUAUCAGCCCCACUGUGUCCACCCUGACGGGCUCAGCCAGUGUCAUGGAUGUCUGGCCCCUCAAUUCCCAGGUCAAGAUGGUAUCAGAACCGGACUGUUCAAGGCACAGCCUUCCAGCCAGAUCAGGCUGUGAAGACACCGAUCUUCAAGGCUCAAACCAAUCACUUACGACUCCUGAGAAGAUUGGGUUUUUUGGUAAACUCCUGGGGAGACGGCCACACAAAUCUUCAAACACUGAAUCUCCAUUUGAUAAAGCUGUAACGUKGCCUAGAUUUACCCCACAACCUUACCACAUGGCUAGUUCCAAYGAAUCAAGGGUCCAGCGAAAAUUUCCUCAAAUCAGCCGAGCCACGCGAGCGCUUCAGGCAGACGCAUCUCUGGAGCGAGAGAUCACCGAUCCCAAUGAACUACGACACCUUGAUGAGUUCCUUGGGAAUCAGGUGAAUGAGCUGCAGUCAAGAGUGAAAGAACUGUCCAUAACGGAGGGCAUUUUCCUCUCUGCCACUAUGGAGUUCAGGGAAACCAUCAAAAGCAUGUACUCCUUACAAAAGCCCAAAGUUUGCUACAAAAGCCUAAUGAAUGGCUACCGUAACAAAGUGAGUGCAUUGGCAGGACGAGGUAAGCAGUCAGAGGUCUCUCUGGUGGUCAACUUGUUCCAGUCUGUGCUGGACGGAUUCAUCAGAGCCGAAAAAAAACGAGGGGAGUCCGAACCAGCCAAGACUACCAGGACGGGAAAGAAGAGGAAGACAAAUGAGAAAUGUAUUGAUAAUCCUCUGGAUCAUCUGUUCAGCACAUACCAGGUGAACAUCAUGCAGUCGUGUGACUUGUGUAAUUCCUUCRUCUGGGGAAUGGAGAAAGCUUGCAUGUGCAGCGCCUGCAAGUUUGUUUGUCACAAGAAAUGUCUAGACAAAAUCAUCACAGACUGCUCAACACGGCGUUCCAGGAUGGAUGACAGCGUGCCAGGCUCACUACACUUUGGAGUUCAAGUGUGCGUCCUGACYAGUAAGACCAACCCAGUGCCCAAGGUGGUGGAGUUGUUGUUGAUCUAUGUGGAGCUGAACGGCCUCUACACCGAGGGCAUUUACCGAAAGUCUGGAGCAGCCUGCCGAGCGAAGGAGCUACACCAGAUUCUGCAGACUGAUCCUGAAAAUGCCUGUUUGGAUAACUACCCCAUCCACACCAUCACCGGCCUCGUCAAGCGCUGGCUUAGAGAGCUUCCUGAACCCCUCAUGACAUUUUCUCUCUACAACGACUUCCUGCAUGCUGCCGAGCUGCCAGAGAAUCAGGARAGAAUAAGGGCUGUAUACCAAAAGGUCGAUGAGCUUCCUCCCGCUAAUUACAACACUUUGGAGCGGCUUAUUUUCCACCUUGUCAAGGUCGCAAAGGAAGAGAAGCACAACAAGAUGUCACCAACAUCUCUGGCUAUUGUGUUUGCUCCCUGCAUCCUGCGCUCAGCUGAUAUAAGUGACCCUUUACUUUGUAUGAAGGAUGUGCCCAAAAGUACCCUGUGUUUGGAGAUCCUGAUCAACGAGCAGCUGAGGCGCUACAACGAGAAGAUGCAAGACAUCCAGGAGCUGGAAUAUGCCGAGGCCCAGGCUGUCCAUAAACUCAAACUAAGGAGACAAAACACGGUUCAACCCACAGCUGAGCAGAAGGUUCCACACACUCUGCAGACUGAUGAGUCUGACAGCACCAUCAUAGAAAGAAUAAAAUCAAUCAAGCAAGAGAAGUUGGACAUAGCGAUCAGGUUACCUGAACUGGAGCAGGAACACUCGGACUCUGCAUCAUCAGUGAGCUCAGACAGCCUGGACCAACUGGGCGGCGUUGACUUGGAAGGAAAGGCGACGAAGUUGCMGAGAGCGCUGAGACCGAAAUGCCCAGCUAAACCUGCGGACCUGGCGCAGACGGUCAGGAGUCGCGCUGCUCAAGACUCUCCCUCCUUAGACGACAAGCAGCAGCAGCUCACCAGCAAGACCUUUAAUGGGAGCUUUGAUGACCUGGACAUCCCUUAUAUCGAUGACGUUGAAGAUUGAAGCUGACACUAAUUCCACACGUUCUGAUAAUCUGAACACCUGAAAGCACUUUGUUUGACAGACUCUAUUUGUCAWUGCUGCUGAGAAGGACAUCAKGCUGACCCGUUCUACCAGGGUUCUUAUGCGACAUGCUCACAACUAUUUCUGAUCUUUAUAUGGAGAUUCUGCUAAUUUCAUCACUUUACAGAACAUUUUGUAAAGGUGCUGACGGAUUUGGACCAGUUCUCCUUAACAAACUGUAAAAUCAAUGUCCCCUUUUCUUUUCUCUUUUUGGUGGUUGUUUUGUUUGUAAUUAAAAAAUAACGUAGUAACUACACUGUAGAUGCGCUAACAUUGUACUCAUAUUCUGACACUGUGAUCAAGAAUCUCAYGGAAAACCAUGUAUUUCUCUUUCUUUUUAAGUUACUUUUUUUAGUAGUUUGACAUUAAUUAAUCUGAGACUUUUUGUAAAAUAAAUUCUGUCUUUAUUUGAACUGUGCUUUUUGCCAAAAUGUAUAGGAAUACAUAUAUGUCUUAAAAUUAAGCUGAGAAACUAAAUAAAUAAAAUGUAAUAAGAUUGAAAAUGAAAUUAUAA